AUGUCAGAUCGCAAAGCAGAGUUAGAGCGUAAGAAAGCUCGUCUUGAGCAGAUGAGAAAAGAGCGACAGGAGAAAGAGCAGCGACGGAAGCAGAAAGAUGCUGAGGACCCUAAAGCAGUGAAACAACCACAAGAUUUAAGAGCAGAAACAGAGGCUUUGCUGCAAGACUUAGGAAUACCACCAAAUGAAACAGGAAAUCGAAGUGGCAGUUUGAGCCCAACUGGACUAGAACCUGAUCAGUCAAAAGUAGUUGUUACUGGUGGAAGUACAAAACCCAGGGUGAAAUUGAGUGUCUGCAAAGUGAAUGAAACUACAAUUGCUCCAAGAGAAAAUGUCACUUACAGUAAAGAAACACAAACCUCGACUGUUGAAACUGGAGAUCGUGAAGGCAACCGAUAUGGGAGCAAAGGAUCCUCCUCCAAUUACCCAAAAGUGGAUGCACUUCUUGAGGACAAUGACAAUGAUGACACAGACUCGGUGGAAGCUUCUGGUGACACGCCCCCCUCUCACCAACACAAGAUGCCUCAGGUAGAGAUGGUGCAGCCAGCCAAAACGCAGCAAGAGAUUGAGCAAGAGUCAAAAGUCGAAAAAUGGGUGAAAGAUCUCACUGAGGAUGAAAAGAAGCAAAUUCUUAUCUCAGAAGAUUUCCAAAGCUUUUUCAGUCGAACAACUCGCAUUGUGGAACGCGUUCUUGCAGAAAAUGAUGAUGACGUGUAUGUUGACUAUGCUGGUGGCGAUAAUGAAGGAAAAGACGAGGACCAACUUGCUGGAGAACGAUUAAAGUUAACAAGACAGUUUUUUGAUGAGAGGUGGUCAAAACACCGAACAAUAACUAGCUUAGAUUGGUCAAUACAGCAUCCAGAACUGUUGGUUGCAUCUUACAAUGUUAAUGAAGAUUCUCCACACGACCCAGAUGGAGUUGCAUUAGUAUGGAAUUCUAAAUUUAAAAAAGACACUCCAGAGUUCAUUUUUCAUUGUCAGUCAGCUGUAAUGUCAAGCUGCUUUGCCAACUUCCACCCAAACUUAGUUGUUGGUGGGACUUAUUCAGGACAAAUUGUCCUUUGGGAUAAUAGGGUCAACAAAAGAACACCUGUGCAACGUACACCUCUCUCUGCUGCCGCACACACUCAUCCAGUGUACUGUAUUAAAGUUGUUGGCACACAAAAUGCUCACAAUUUAAUCAGUGUCUCUACUGAUGGCAAGAUCUGCUCUUGGAGUUUAGAUAUGUUGUCCCAACCUCAAGACAGUAUGGAACUUCAACACAGACAAAGCAAAGCAGUUGCUGUAACAUGUUUCUCGUUUCUGGCUGGAGAUGUGAACAAUUUUGUGGUCGGAAGUGAAGAUUGUACUGUUUAUACUGCUUCUCGGCAUGGAAGUAAAGCUGGUAUAACGGAAUCAUUUGAAGGUCAUCAAGGUCCUGUCACAGGUAUCGACUGUCAUACCGUACCUGGACAGAUUGACUUCUCUCCAUAUUUCAUCACCUCAUCUUUUGAUUGGACGAUCAAAUUGUGGAGUAAUCGCGACCUGAAAUACAUCCAUUCAUUUGAAGACAACAGUGAUUAUGUCUAUGAUGUACAGUGGUCACCAAUCCAUCCAGCACUUUUUGCCAGUGUUGAUGGAAUGGGAAGGCUAGACUUGUGGCACUUAAACAAUGAAACAGAGGUACCAUCUGCGACUGUUAUUGUGGAUAACAAUGUGGCUUUGAAUCGCUGCAGCUGGCAUCAGAGUGGCCAUCUCAUUGCUGCUGGUGAUGACAAUGGACGGAUUCAUAUGUGUGAUGUUGGCGAGCAUAUUGCUAAUCCUAAAAGUGAUGAAUGGUCUCGCUUUCGACACACUCUGCAAGAACUUAAGACCCAUGCUGCUGAGCGUGAAGAGGAUUCUUCAUUUAUGGGGUCAAUGUCAAUUCCCCUUCGGUAA